UCGCUCCUCCGCCCCCGCCGCACCAUGGAGAAGAGCUCCAGCUGCGAGAGUCUGGGCUCCCAGCCGGCGGCGGCGCGGCCGCCCAGCGUGGACUCCCUGUCCAGUGCUUCCACGUCUCAUUCAGAGAAUUCAGUGCAUACAAAAUCAGCUUCUGUCAUAUCAUCUGAUUCCAUUUCAACUUCUGCAGACAACUUUUCCCCUGACUUGAGGUUCAAAGCCAAAGAUGUAACUUACAUAUGUCCAUUCACUGGUGCUGUACGAGGAACUCUGACAGUCACAAAUUACAGAUUAUAUUUCAAAAGCAUGGAACGGGACCCUCCAUUUGUUUUAGAUGCUUCCCUUGGGGUGAUAAGUAGAGUAGAAAAAAUUGGUGGUGCCUCCAGUCGAGGUGAAAAUUCUUAUGGAUUAGAAACUGUGUGCAAGGAUAUCCGGAAUUUACGGUUUGCUCAUAAACCUGAGGGACGAACAAGAAGGUCUAUAUUUGAGAAUCUAAUGAAAUAUGCAUUCCCCGUCUCUAAUAACCUGCCCCUUUUUGCCUUUGAAUACAAAGAAGUAUUUUCUGAAAAUGGCUGGAAAGUAUAUGAUCCUCUUUUAGAAUAUAGACGGCAGGGAAUUCCAAAUGAAAGCUGGAGAAUAACAAAGGUAAAUGAGCGAUAUGAGUUGUGUGAUACCUACCCUGCCCUCUUGGUUGUGCCAGCCAAUAUUCCUGAUGAAGAAUUAAAACGUGUAGCAUCGUUCAGAUCAAGGGGCCGUAUUCCAGUUCUUUCGUGGCUUCAUCCUGAAAGUCAAGCUACGAUCACCAGGUGUAGCCAGCCCAUGGUAGGAGUGAGCGGGAAGAGAAGUAAAGAAGAUGAAAAGUACCUUCAGGCCAUCAUGGACUCCAACGCCCAGUCUCAUAAAAUCUUUAUAUUUGAUGCCAGACCAAGUGUUAAUGCUGUUGCCAAUAAGGCAAAGGGUGGAGGUUAUGAAAGCGAAGAUGCCUAUCAAAAUGCAGAACUAGUUUUUCUUGAUAUCCACAAUAUUCAUGUUAUGAGAGAAUCGUUACGGAAGCUUAAGGAGAUUGUGUACCCCAACAUUGAGGAAACUCACUGGUUGUCUAACUUAGAGUCUACUCAUUGGCUUGAGCACAUUAAGCUUAUUCUUGCAGGGGCUCUUCGGAUUGCUGACAAGGUCGAAUCAGGGAAGACAUCUGUGGUGGUGCAUUGCAGUGAUGGGUGGGACCGCACAGCACAGCUGACUUCCUUGGCCAUGCUCAUGUUGGAUGGAUACUAUAGAACCAUUCGAGGAUUCGAAGUCCUUGUGGAGAAGGAAUGGCUAAGCUUUGGACAUCGAUUUCAACUAAGAGUCGGCCACGGAGAUAAAAACCAUGCAGAUGCAGACAGAUCACCUGUUUUUCUUCAGUUUAUUGACUGCGUUUGGCAGAUGACACGACAGUUUCCUACAGCAUUUGAAUUCAAUGAGUAUUUUCUCAUUACAAUUCUGGACCACCUCUACAGUUGUUUGUUUGGAACAUUCCUGUGUAACAGUGAACAGCAGAGAGGAAAAGAGAAUCUUCUCAAAAGGACUGUGUCAUUGUGGUCUUACAUAAAUAGCCAGCAUGAAGAUUUCACUAAUCCUCUCUAUGGGAGUUACUCCAAUCAUGUUCUGUACCCAGUAGCCAGCAUGCGCCACCUAGAGCUGUGGGUGGGAUAUUACAUCAGGUGGAAUCCCAGGAUGAAGCCACAGGAGCCCAUUCACAACAGAUAUAAAGAACUUCUUGCUAAACGAGCAGAGCUUCAGAAAAAAGUAGAGGAACUACAGAGAGAGAUUUCCAACCGAUCCACCUCAUCCUCCGAGCGAGCCAGUUCUCCUGCUCAGUGUGUCACUCCUGUCCAAACUGUUGUGUGAGCCGCACGUGAUGGCAUCACCACCACCAGACUCUUGACUACAGUGGCAGCUUUAUGAGUAGGAAGUCUUCUGAUUUUGGAGCCAAUCUGUGAGAGAAAGUUCAGUCACUUUAUUUAUUUAAAUUUCUCUAGGAUGAGUUUACAGUUGUAGCAGUGCAGGCGGCUCCAGUGAAAUAACCCCAUGUCUCACUACACCAUUGUAACACUAACCCUGUAGGGAUUAGAACAUAAAAAUGGAUCUGCAGUGGAAACUAUUCUGAUUAUGAGGGGAAAGUGCUGUCUUAAAUAGUCCUUCUUAUAUAAACCAUUUCAGAAACACACCUCU